GUUUCUUCUCGUCUAGCAUAGAUUCUGAUAAUACAUGACACUCUUUAUGCUUUACGUGUACUUGGCUGGUCUACUUCUUCUCACACAUUUGUAUGAUUGCUCUGUAGCCUCAACUAUUCAUACUGAGCAUUCAACUGCAGCGCCAUCAUGCAAGCGCUGGUUCGAAAUUCUGGACGAUCUUCAAUACAACGUAUUCGGUGGCGGGAAAUGCGGCGAUCCGGCCAGGAAGGCACUUCGACUCACGUUUCAUGACGGAAUAGGUCGUUCUGCUGCUUUGAAAGCUUCUGGGAGAUUUCCUGGAGGAGGUGCAGAUGGCAGCAUCAUCAAGUUUGCAGAUGUCGAGCUAGAAGACCCGGCAAACACAGGCCUGGAAGACAUAGUGUAUGUUCUCAGAUCUCUGGCUGAUGACCACGGUGUGAGCUACGGCGACAUCAUACAAUUUGCCGGAGCCGUGGCUCUGUCCAACUGUCCCGGAAGCCCUCGCCUCGCCUUCUAUGCUGGACGUGCCGAGGCGAUCGCCCCCUCUCCACCUAAGCUGGCCCCAUUCCCGACAGAUUCGGCAGAAACGAUAUUGUCUCGGAUGGCAGAUGCAGGGUUCACAGCAGAGGACACGGUCGCACUCAUGGCAGCGCACUCGGUCGCCGUGCAAAAGAUUAUCGAUCCUAGCGCAGUUGGCGCACCGUUGGACAGCACGCCGGAAGCCUUUGACUCGCAGUUCUAUUUGGAGACUCUUCUUAGGGGCACCAGCUACCCUGGCAAAGGGAGAUCAGCGGCAGAGGCGAAGUCACCUGUAAAGCACGUAUUCCGACUGGCAUCGGAUGCUGCGCUUGCACGGCAUAAAAGCACCGCUUGCUACUGGGAAGCGUUCGUCGGUGAUCAAGAGCGUAUGCGCGGAUCCUUCCGAAAAGCCAUGGAGAAGCUCGCGAAUCAGGGCCAUUCAAAUCUCGCCGAUUGUUCGUCUGUCAUUCCUGCUCCGAAGCCUUGGAACCGCCCGCCUAAGUUGCCUCGAGGCAAGAACGUCUCGGAUAUCGAACAGACUUGCACGGCGGUCCAAUUCCCCCCUCUAGCCUAACCCAUGCACAUCGCUACACAGCUGGACCGGCCCUAUGUCGGAGGAAUUCUCAUGCAGCUUUUCUUCAUUAUUGUUAUGCCCCACGUCAAUGUGAAAUCCUAGCAUUAGUGUAAUUAUGUCGCGUGUCUGCAAAUGCCAAUUUGAGCAUUCAGGAGGAGCAAUGUGACAAUCAUCGCC